UCUUUCAGUGUUACAUAACGAAUGUUCCCUUUACACAUGCAAUUUGUUAAUGCCAAAUGCAGUUAGCAAAUUCUGGAAUUCACUCAGUGCAAUACGGUAUAUAUAAACUUAAAAAAAUGUCAGGACUGAUAGGGCUGAAGACUUUUGAAUGUCCUCAUGGCAGCUCAACUUAUGAACUUAUGUGCUAACCCAUGAUUUUCAAAAUUGAAAUUAUUAUAAAUUUACAAUUUCCUUUGUACGGCUGGUCCCACAUCCAGCCUUACUGAGCCUUGAAAACAGUACACCUGUGCUAACCCAUGAUUUUCAAAAUUGAAAUUAUUAUAAAUUUACAAUUUCCUUUGUACGGCUGGUCCCACAUCCAGCCUUACUGAGCCUUGAAAACAGUACACCUGCCAAGCUGCCCUUUUCCUUUCAGAGCUUUGGAUGGAAAGAGGGGAAAGGAGAAAUUCUCCAACCAGGCUCCAGUAAGUGCCACCUACAGUAGUUAUCAUUAAAGCAAUCAAGCCAGCAAUUAAGCCAAUCACCCCUCCCAUCCCACUCCAUGGUAGUGCUCCCUGAGCUGAGAGAGGAAGGCUCUCACCUACCACCCACUGUCUCCCGCUCGCCGCCACCGAUGGCCGCAAUGCCCCCGCCGACCGUGGGCUUGGCCGUCCUGGUGCUCUUAGCCGCCCUGCCGGGCUACCUGUCGGAUGACCUCAACACCGACGCGCAGGCGCUGCAGGGGCUGCGCGCGGCGGUGGGGCGCUCGGCGCUGCCGUCGUGGAACAGCACCACGCCCACUUGCCAGUGGCAAGGCGUGACCUGCGAGAACGGUCGCGUCGUCGAGCUCCGCCUCCCCGGCGCCGGGCUCAUGGGCACCCUCCCCUCGGGCGUGCUCGGCAACCUCUCCGCGCUCCGGACGCUCUCCCUCCGGUACAACGCGCUCACAGGCCCCAUCCCCGACGACCUCUCCCGCCUGGCCGAGCUCCGGGCGAUCUACUUCCAGCACAACAGCAUCUCCGGCGAGGUCCCGGCGUCGCUGUUCACGCUCAAGAACCUCGUGAGGCUGGACCUCGCGGGGAACAAGUUCUCCGGCGAGAUCUCGCCGGACUUCAACAAGCUGAUCCGACUCGGGACGCUGCACCUCGAGGACAACGACUUCUCCGGCGAGAUCCCGAACCUGAACCUGCCGACAUUGGAGCAAUUCAACGUGUCGUACAACCAGCUCAACGGGUCCAUCCCCACCAAGCUCCGGAAGAUGCCGAAAGACUCGUUCUUGGGCAACACCGGUCUCUGCGGGGGCCCGCUCGGCCUUUGCCGCGGCGAGACCGCGCUGACGCCGGCCGGAUCGCCGGAGUUCCAGCCGGGUGCGGCCGGGGCCGCUGACAUAGGUGGCGGCAAGAAGAAGCUCUCCGGCGGCGCCAUCGCCGGCAUUGCCAUCGGCUGCGUGUUCGGCGUGUUUCUCUUGCUUGCGCUGAUUUUCUUCCUCUGCCGGAAGAGGUCCAGCGCGCCGCAUUCAGCGGCGGCAGUGGAGAAGGGGCGGGACCUCGGCAUGGCGCCCUUGGAGGUGAAGCCGAAGGGACAGAAUGGCUCAGCCGGCACAGGCGGCAACGGCGUCGCUGCUGCGGCGGCAGUGCCAGCAGCCCCCGCCGCCGCCACGGCUGCGGCCAAGACCGGCGGGUCCACCGGGUCUAAGAAGCUCAUCUUCUUCGGCCCCAUGGCGGCGGCUUCGCCGUUCGACCUGGAGGACCUGCUGCGCGCGUCGGCGGAGGUGCUGGGCAAGGGCGCGUUCGGGACGGCGUACAAGGCGGUGAUGGAGAGCGGCGCGGCCGUGGCGGUGAAGCGGCUCAAGGACGUGGACCUUCCGGAGCCGGAGUUCCGAGAUCGCAUCGCGGCCAUCGGCGCCGUGCAGCACGAGCUGGUGGUGCCCCUCCGCGCCUACUACUUCAGCAAGGACGAGAAGCUCCUCGUCUACGACUACAUGUCCAUGGGCAGCCUCUCCGCCCUGCUGCACGGGAACCGGGCCUCCGGCCGGACGCCGCUGGACUGGGAGACGCGGUCGGCGAUCGCGCUCGCGGCGGCGCGCGGCGUGGCGCACAUCCACUCCACGGGCCCCACGGCGUCGCACGGCAACAUCAAGUCCUCCAACGUGCUGCUCACCAAGAACUACGAGGCCCGGGUGUCGGACCACGGCCUGCCCACGCUCGUCGGCCCGUCCUUCUCGCCCACCAGGGUGUCCGGCUACCGCGCCCCGGAGGUCACCGACAUCCGGAGGGUCUCCCAGAAGGCCGACGUGUACAGUUUCGGCGUGCUGCUGCUCGAGCUGCUCACCGGCAAGGCGCCCACGCACGCCGUCGUCAACGAGGACGGCCUCGACCUGCCGCGGUGGGUGCAGUCCGUCGUGCGGGAGGAGUGGACCGCCGAGGUGUUCGACCAGGAGCUCCUCAGGUACCAGAACGUCGAGGAGGAGAUGGUGCAGCUCCUCCAGCUCGCCAUCGACUGCUCCGCGCAGCACCCCGACAGGAGGCCCGCCAUGUCCGAUGUGGCGGCGCGGAUCGACGAGAUCCGGCGCUCCAGCCUCGGCGGCCACCGGCAGGCGGCCGACAGCGCCGGCGAAGGCGACGAGCCAUCUCUAUAACCGGCAUGGCUCUUGCUCCGAGUCCCCCGAUCAGACUUCUCAGUCUCAGUGAAUGGAAAGUUGGAACUUACUUGGUUCUUUGCAUGGAUAUUGCUCCCUCGCCUACUUCUGAUCCACCAGCAACUUGUGCAUGUUUUUUUUCCUUCUUUUUUUCUCUUCUUUUUUCCCCAUUUUCUUCUUUUUUGGCCUUUUGUCUCACGGGCUUUGAUUCUAUUCUAUAGCACAUGUCACUGUACUCUUUGAUUCUUGGGAAGGAACAUUUGAUGAUGCCUGUACGUACGUACCUAAGACGAAAACCAUUAUAUUA